CGCAUGCCUAAAGAUCAUUUUUGUAGGGAAUUCAUCCAGGAUGAGGACAAAAACACAGUUUGGGGCACUUCCUAUGAGGAGUCUGCAGAGUCCAAUGUCCCGUUGAACAAUUCCAGCUUAGAGAAGAAAUAUGAGGACAACAAUAUCUCAGUGGCCAUGGAGAUUGACCCUGAAUUAGCAGUACAUCAUCAGAUGGAUCCGCUUAACAAAGAGAAUGAGAUUCCCGAUGUCACCAUUUGGUCUGGUAACAUCAGCAGAAAGGCGCCUCUGGCCAGUUCAACAAUGCUUGGAGACACUGAAAUGGACAUCUCAUUGAGAGAUCAGCCCAAUGUGAGAAAAGAGAGCUCCAAGCAGUUCAUGAAAAGUCCGCCCAGGCUGCUCAAGACGAAUCCUUUUGCGUGGCUGGCGGAUCCCAAAGUCGUGGGAAAGGAUGCAUUGUCUGAGUGCACAUUUGUCCCCAGUCCUCUCACCCAAUCGCAAAUGAUGAGAGAAAGCACGUGCAAUUUCAAUAUAUCAUCACUCCAUGAUGACCUCAAAGAGAACCAGAGCAGGCUGAAAGUAAUGGAAAUGAAUGAGAAAUUGCGUGGUUAUGCUGAGCAGGAUCAAAUAAGCCUGAACUUUACUGAGAUCUUUCCUGACAAGAAGAGGAGGCAGCUUUCGGAUGAGUAUCACCUAGAGCUCACUGAAAUGACAGAAAGAAAGAUUUCUAAUCUGCCCGAAGUGAGUAAAACUGGCAGACGGACAAUUUAUUUCACUAAGGAGGACAAUGAGAUGACUGUGUGUGAGAAUCCAGAUGGAAAUCGCACCAAAAAUCUGCAGAAAACCAUACACUUUGCUUCUGAUGGAGAGCAAAUGAACAUAUCACGUUAUCAAGAUGACCAGAAAGGCAAUCGAAGUGUGAGAUGUGUGGAAAUGGAGAUGUCCCUGAACACUCCAACUACUGAAAUCAGUAAGCAAGACAGGAAGACGAGGAAGACCGAACUUUUCUCAGCGGACAACAAUCAAAUGAAUCUGACGGAUACUAAAGUGUUAUUCAAUACAGAAGGUCUUGAGAAGACAAUCCAGAAAAAGCGUAAAACAACAGUUUUUUCUCCUAACGACAAUGAUAUAGAUAUUACUGGCGUGUCUGAUGAGAGAACAGUCCAGGGAAUGAGGAUAUGUCAUCAGGAUUCGAUAAAACUGAUCAGGAAGGACAGAAAGACAGUUUACUACUCUCCAGAGGACAAUAACAUUGAUGUUACUGGUUCUUCUGGUCAGGAUCUUACAGAUGAAAUGGAUAUUUGCACACAGGAGACAAAGAAUGUGACAAGUAAGGAUCGGAAGUCAGUCUACUUCCGUCCUGGUGAAAAUGACAUGAUUAUCACUGGAGUUUCUGUCCAGAAUCCUGAACGUGAAAUUAGCAUUACUCCUCAGGAGACGGCGAAGGCGGCAAGGAAGGAUCGCCAAACAGUUUUCUUCCCUCCAGAAAAUAAUAGAAUGAAUAUCACAGAAGUUUGUGAUCAGGAAAUAAGCCUUUGUUCUCAAAACACUGGCAAAGUGACAAGUGCGGGUAGAAAAACAGUUUAUUUCUCUUCUGAUGGCAAUGAGAUGAACAUGACUGGUAUUUCUGGUCGGGAGCCUCAGCAGGAAAUGAGCAUUUGUCCGCAAGAUGCAAAUGAUGUGACUAAGAUGGAUCGCAGAACAGUUUAUUUUUCCACAGAACGCAAUGGUAUAAACAUUUCUGGAGUUUCUAAUCAGGAUCUCCAACAGGAAAUGAGCGUCUGUACUCUUGAGACGAAGACUGUGACAAAUAAGGAUCGGAAGUCAGUAUACUAUCGUCCUGGUGAGAAUGACAUGAAUAUCACUGGAGUUGUACGACAGGAGCUUCAGCAGGAAAUGAGCAUUUAUCCCCAGAGUACAGAGGAGGUGGUAAGAAAUGAUCGCCAAACAGUUUUUUUCCCUCCAGAGAAUAAUGGAAUGAACAUCACAGGAGUUUCUGACCAGGAAUGUCGCCCGGAAAUGAGUAUUUGCCCUCAGGAGAUGGAGAGUAAAACAAAGAAGGAUCGUAGAACGAUUUAUUUCCCUUCUGGUGGCAAUGAAAUGAACAUCACUGGAGUUUCUAGCGAGGAACAAAGCAUUUGCAAUCAGGGCAUGAACAAAAUUGGGAAGAUUAUUUGCAGAACAAAUCUCUACCCUGCCGAAUGCAGUGAGAUGAAUAUCACAGGUGUUUCUGGUCAUGAAAUGAGUAUUUGUGUUCAGAAUGCGGUGAAAACAGACAAGAAUAACCGUAGAACAGUGUUCUUUCCACCUGGCAAAAACCAGAUGAAUCUCACUAUGAACAUUGAUGAGAGUGAUGGGAAAUCUGUACAGGAAAUGAGAAUCAGUCCUGAACCAUAUCGAGAUGCUGUUUGGUUCGACCGCCGUUCAAUUCCUCAUGAGUUAAACACGAUGAAUGUGUCCGAAGUUCAUAGUCAAUUGCCAGCGAUGGACAUGAGCUAUCUAGCUCAGAAAUCUGAGAAGGAUCAGAUGGAAAUUGAGAAUGAGAAUCCAAUUAUUGGUGGAGUGAGAAGGAAAAUGAAGGACGGUGAUAAAAGAUUAACUCACGAGAGUCUGGAGAAAAGUUUUGGGCAACAAGAGACUGAAGAACUUCGAUCUACGAUGGAAAAAUUGGAUAUUCAACCCACUGAUGCAUCUCUGAAGAAGGAAAAUUUUGGUGAAAUGCCCGAAGAUUGGAGUAAAGCCAACUGUUCGGUCCAGAAUUCCACAGUUUCUUGUGAGAUGAUGGAAGAGUCGAAGUUAUCAGACACGAAGAUGCUCAUGGAAGAGUCUUAUGUUGAAGCUGCUAGUAUUAUGGACAAUACAUCAGCGGAUAUGCACGCCUCGCCAAAUAUGACGCUGGACAACACAAUCUUUCGUGUCACGAAAGUUGUUCCAGAACUUGGGGAAUGGCGUCCUCGUGAGGUGCCGUCCAGAAAUAUCCGUCGAGAGACAUUUACAAUUCAUAAGAACUCUAGGAAGAGUGAAGUGGAAGUGGACAUUCCUAAAAGUCUUUCAUCCACCAUUGAGUCUGUGAAGAUAAGUUCAAAUCGUUCAUUGACUUAUGAGAAUACGACUUUGGGCUCAAUAUUCAUUGAGAGUGAGCAUGAACGCUCAGGAGCACCUGUGGAAUUGCAUCAAGUGACUCAACCUGAUCAAUCGCUAGUGGACUUCUUGGGAAGUGAUUUGUUCGAGAUACUGAGUAAUGUGCGUGGAGCGAAAGCACAGGCUCUGGAGGUCCGAGAACGUGUCUUUCAUGAGUACAACACCGUGAAGCAGCAUCUGGAGUAUUUCCAUAAGUGCCCCAACCGAUUUCAGCUGCCGCUGUGCCCGAACUAUAGAGAUCUCGUUGGAAACAUGGUGGAGAAUCACUGCCAAAGCAUCUGGUUCAUCGACAAAUUCAUGGACAAGGGCCUAAUGAUGUUCAAGCAUCGGAAGAUCACAACCUUUGAGAUCCACAUGAAAUUCCAGCCGCGGCUCCUCAGGAACAUGGAUUACGUGCAAAAUCGUGGCUGUUUGGUCUUUGAUAGCAUUGAAGUUCGGGACACGGAUUGGUACAUCGGCAGAGAUCCUGCGACGAAAUCCAAGCUGUGGAUCUAUCUGCACAACAAAUUCCGCCGUCAAGUCCUUAUGGAUUCCUAUUUGUUGAACAAAUACCGCCACUCAAACGAUCUUCGAGACUUUCUGCAAUACAUCGAUAGGAUCUGCUGCGAUAUUUAUGCUGCGAGGCCCAGGGCGGUUGAACUCAUUAGGAUGUUCAAGAAUGGGGAACUAAAUGCGUGAAAUAUGAUAUGAUAUGGAAUAUUGUGUGUAAUUGUAAUUAUAAAUGAAUUAAAUUUAAAUAAUGAAAUCU